AUGCCUUCGUUCACCCCUACACAAGGUCGGCCAACAAUCCUUAGCCACAGCCGCCUACCCCUCAGUCAGGAAUACCAUGUCAUGGACAGGUAUGCAGGACACGCUACCCGAUGCAAAGUCUGCGCAAACCCAAUAGAGGCCAUCUCACGGGGUGGAAGCCUCUGUGACCGCGGAAUUCGCCAUGCACACAACUUCAUCCUAUGCAUCCGGAGCCGUGAAGGAAGAGCCUAUGCCGCUGCAGACAUUGAGUUUACACCCAAGGAAAUCGAGAUCCCACCUCAGUUUUCCAUCAUCGACGACCUCCUACGAGCACUUGACCUCGGCCUCCUUGCAAAGCUCCAAAAGCCACAGCCAGUGGUUGUCAAUAUUUCCGAUGAAUCGCGCAACUCUCGGCCGGAGAAUGCACCACCAAGUCCUGUGUCUCCAUCUACUUCACUACCCGAACGUGCCAGCCGUACUAUAGUGGUUAACCCCUCGCGCAAGGCUAAGGAGUCAUCUCACGACGACCUCUCCUUCACUCGCCGCGGCACUCUCUACCCCAGCGAAGACCGAAACCAACUCGUUACCCGUACAUACCACUCCACCUCCACCCCGGGAGUCAGAGUUCCAUCCACCUAUCUACUAUGA